ACUUGAUCUGCGAAACGCUAAAUCCACCUCGCUGCUUUAAUUCAUAUUUAUGUUGAUUUACAUAAUUCACGUUCAUUUAAGAUCUAUUACCGGAAUACAAAGCCACAGAAAAAAAGGAGAAUACCGCUACGUCUUUUUUGCGGAAUAGCAGUGAAUUCGAUUGUUAAGAUCUGAAACAAGAAGGGGGUUUUGUUUGCAUUGUAAAUAUACUUAAUAUGUGAUAUUUAAACCAACGGUUUGAGAAUCCUGAAGGGAUUUACAUCGGGUGACAGAUUUUCAAAGUGAUAAAUAAAGUCUGGACGACCUUUCGAGGACCAUAUCAUAGGUAUAUUAAAAUCUGGUGAAACGUUCGACCGUGCGACAAUGACGACUGCUCAACACCAUUCAUAGCGCCACAAUACACCCGUUUGUUAACCAUUAUUGCUGUAACCAAAGGUCUCUUCUGAACCAUUCUACUUUGUCUAGGCGCUCUGUCAAUAUCGAUUCAGGAUCACAGAAGGUGAUUGGCAGUGGCGAUUGUUCUAUAAGGCGGCAUCCUAUGAAACUCAGCGAUAUCAGAGGGCUUUAUGUGGAUUUGAAUUCAUAACGAAAAUGACAAUUUUUGUUGACUUAGCCAAGUCACAAAACAUCAAGUGUUCCCAAAUACUCAGGAACGUUAAGACGAUUGAAAGACCGUAAUUACAAACAAUGUGACGCAAGGCUUUCUGAAUCAGAAGUGUACAUUAACUUAAUACAAUACACGAAACGGGAUUGUAAAAAUUGGCACCCAUGUUAAUCAAAGGAUUGUGACUUGAUUUGAUUUUGAGUCAACAAGAUGUCUUUAGCCUUUGAUACUUUUGGACCGAUUCGCCGUUUGAACCGUCAGGCGACUACGGUAGACGUGUUUGGGAAUUCUUUCGCGGCCCCCCUUCGACGUCAUCAUUCUUCCUUUGAUCUUCUGCAGCUUACCGGCGAUUCAAAGGAUGGCAAGGCCCCGACGAGCAGCAGGUCUGUGGACGGUGUCGUAAUGGGUGUAGUGAAGAGAAAAUCGUUCCAGCCGCCUGGAAAUCCUCCGGACUUUAACAGUCGUCCAGAAUCGGAAAAUUCGGAAGAUGACAAAACGGAAUUUCAGUCAAUGAGAAAGUUUCCAGUUUUGGGACCAACGAGGCAACAGGCAGAGUUUUAUUUCAAACAAAGAAAUAAAGAGUUACAAGGAUUGACUUUAAACGGUGGUUCCUCAACAGAGAUUGGAAAGCACUUAAGCGCCAGCGAGAGAGCUCUGUUGGAAUCAAAUGACGAGGCCGAGAAAUUAAGGGCCAGUUUCGCUAAUCUUACAACCACCUCACUGGGACCUCAUACCUCGCAACAGUUUAAUGAUGUCCGGUUCUUCGCCGAGUUAGUGAAACCUAUGCAAUACAGACUCAAAUUGAAUAAAAGGAAAGAAAAAGUUAUCUUCCCUUCGAAAUACGGUUAUCACCCUCGUUCGUAUUCGCCGACAUUCAAGCGACUGAUACAAGCCACUGAAAAACUAGAAAUUAUUGCAAAGGAAGAGGCAGAAGAGGAACUCAGAAUAAAAGGUGAACUAGAACGUCGUCAUACAAUUCAUUCUUCACAAGGUUUUGAAAGUACUGCAAAACGUGAAGUGAGAAGGUAUGGUACUUAUAAACUAAGUGUGCACGAACCUUUCAGUAGGACCAACGUCAGUGAAGUAUCUACUCCCAAAGUAGAACCGAUGUUUCAACCAAUCACAAAAGGACUACAAAUUCCUCAGGAAUAUCCGCCAAAGGAGUCUAUCAUGGAGGAAGGGAUAGAAGAGGACGAACAGGAUGAGGAAGAGGAUUAUAAUUCAGAGGAUGAAAACACCUCCGAGGCGUACUUCAAAGUGGACUUUCGGGUGAACGAUGACGCACAAGCGCAACUUCAUCUGUUUUUGCCAAAAAUCAACGAUGUUGACAACGAAUCAAGGAUCGCUCGGUAUGGAUCAGGAUCGGUGAAAAAUGACGUGAAAAAGUCAGGAAAGCUACCGAACAUAUCAAACUCUCAAACAUCCGGCUCAAACAGGAACGUCAAUGUGCGCAGAAGCAGAAGACCAGAUGCUACACGGAAAAAGAAACGGAAGUUGGAAAGGAUCCGGUCCGCCGCGGACAAUGACCAUCGACGAGUCAGAGAUCAUUUGAACGAUGUUGCUACGAUGAUGUCAAUUGAACGAGACUUUCACAGCAAAAAGCAUGAUCAUGAUUCCUUAUGUGCAUUUGAGAACUGCCCCUAUCAUAUGAUACAGAACAAUGAUAUACCAGUCAGCUGAUAGUUUACAUGUAUGUGCAUGGCAAAGAUACAAUAUGUUUCGUAAUAUCCACUAUAUAUAUUUGAAAUGUAAUUUAUUUAAUAAAUAACGUCAAGUAUUAUUACGCAAAUAAUAUCAAAUCAUUGUGAGAGGCAUUUGCUUUCACUUUUGCGUUCAUGAUAAUUGUCAAGUGUUAAAUUGUUAAAAUUUCUUUAUACUCAGUUUUACGAAUGUCAAAUAUUAAUGUAUUAUGCAAAACAAUCUGAAAAAUAUUAUCAUAUCAUACCGGUCGACAUGGAAUGCUUACUUCUCCUAGGCACCUGAUCCCACCUUUGGUAUAUCCAGGGACCGUGUUUGCCAAACUCUCUAUUUUGUAUUGCUUAUAGGAGUUAUGAGAUUGAUCAUUGUUCGUUAUCUUCAACUUUCAUCAAAAGUAAGGGAAAAGAAAUAAAAAUUAAAUCAUUCUUGUGUUUGAAAUGCAACAAAUACAACAAAAAUAUUUCUUAGAUCUAUUAUAAACAAGGACUAGAUCUUGCUUAUUACACUUAGUGCACUAGUCCCGAGUUCACACUCAUUCUAGAUUACAUUUCUAAGAAACAACAAUGAUUUAGCAUGAUAGGGAAAUCCCUGAUAAAUGUAUGAACAUGAUUUCAUGGAAUAUCCGCAAAAACGACACACCUGAGACAUACGUAACUACAAAACGCAAUGAACGAUAUCCCCACGGUCGAGGUAGCUCAGUGGUAGAGCGUCCCCUUCGUAGCCGGGAGGUCGUGAGUACGAGCCCAACUCGUGCUAUUAUUAUUAUUAUUUAUUUAUAUUAGAAUUCCUAGUAAAUUUGUAUUGAAAUAUGGAUUAUUGUGUGAUAGAUGGGUUUAUAAAUACAGCACUUCUUUUAUAUUCAUAUGUCGAUUCGAUAUAUCUUGGUGAAGUCGAAAUAAAAGACACCACAGAGUCGUC